GAGGGGAGUUGAAUUAAUGAAUUAAAAAUGUUGCGAAGCAGCGUCCGUCUGAAUAGUUUUGGGUUUAUAUAGAGAGGCAUGCUGGGUGGACCCUGGAGGAGUGGACAGCGCAAGCUUCUUUAACUUGUCCCUGUGGGGACACACAAGGCUUCACAUGCAAGGAGAAGCAAACUGCGCUCAUCCGAUUACAUAAUGAUCCAGCAACAGUGAGCCGGAACCGGUACUGCCAGUGCCAGUGUGCUGCUGCGGUACACUGACUGACCGCUGGGACUCCUCAUCCAGGCCUCUCUUCUCCUCUGACGGCUUUCAUGUUUUUCUCAGUGAGUUUUUCUUUCUUUCUUUUUCUUUUAAAUUUUUUUUUUUGAAAUAUAGGAUGUCAGCAACGUAGGAGGACUGCGAAAGAAAACUAGGAAACCAACGACAUGAGGUGAAACAUGCGAAACGUGUCAACAAGCGCUAUUUGUUCAUCACCCUGAAAUUUCACACCUGUUUUGGAAGACAGAGAACUUUCACCUCUUCCCACAUGUUUGGUGGAAAGUGAAAUUAAGUACAUUUUUAAAAUUUCCAAGCUGUGGGCAAGGUGAGCAAGUCAAGGGAAAGCUUUGGUCAUGACCUCAGCCACUCCGCCUUCCUCUGAAGGCACCUCCCCUCAGAAAGUUUGCCAUUCUCAGACGCAGACUGACAUCACCAAGCCCCUGCUGACCCCCACAGAUGGAACUGGUGCUCAUGCAGGAGUGGGAGGAGCUGCAUCUGGAGGUCCAAGUGCUCUACGAAGGCGGCGGCGCGUCCUUUCCAAAGAUGGGCGGAGCAAUGUACGCAUUGAGCAUGUAAGUGGAAGAGGGGCGCUCUACCUCCGUGACCUCUGGACGACUUUCCUGGACAUGCAAUGGCGCUACAAGUUCUUCCUCUUCUCGGCUACCUUUGCGGGGACCUGGUUUGUGUUUGGAGUACUUUGGUAUCUGGUGGCCAUGGUGCAUGGAGACCUACUAGAGUUUGACCCCCCCUCCAACCACACGCCGUGUGUAAUGGAGGUGAAGACUCUGACAGGGGCCUUCCUCUUCUCUCUGGAAUCCCAAACCACAAUUGGCUACGGCUUCAGGUGCAUCACAGAGGAGUGUCCUGUAGCGAUUGUCCUUCUCAUCUUCCAGCUGGUCAUCACGAUGGUGAUGGAGAUCUUCAUCACCGGCACCUUCCUCGCAAAGGUUGCUCGUCCCAAAAAAAGAGGAGAGACGGUGAAGUUCAGCCAACACGCUGUCGUGUCGAAUCAUGAAGGGCGGCCAUGCCUCAUGAUUCGAGUGGCCAACAUGCGUAAAAGCCUGCUGUUAGGAUGCCAGGUGACGGGGAAGUUGCUUCAGACGUCCCUGACAAAGGAGGGGGAGACGGUGCGGCUGGACCAGAGAAACGUGCCUUUCCAGGUGGACACGUCCAGCGAAAGCCCCUUCCUCAUCAUCCCUCUCACUUUCUACCACAUCAUUGAUGACAGCAGCCCCCUCAGAGCCUGGGCAGCAAAAGGUGGUGGCUGGACAGACCCAGAACUGGCUGACUUUGAGCUGUUGGUGAUCAUGAGCGCCACGAUUGAGCCUACCUCCGCCACAUGCCAGGUUCGAACAUCCUACCUUCCCGACGAGAUCCUCUGGGGCUACGAGUUCCCCCCUGUUGUCUCCCUGUCCCCGUCAGGAAAAUACGUGGCUGAUUUUGCCUUUUUUGACAAAGUGGCAAAAACCAAAACUCCACCCCUUUUCAAUCAGACCCUGCCACCAGACGUGCAGUCGCAGGGGUCCCGUCAACGUAAGGGCAAGGAAGACGGAGCGGACUUGGAAAAGAUGAGACUGGAGGAGAGCUACAGGGGGGAGGAGAAGGGCCGCCAGAGAGGGCGUAUUCGGGACAGCAGCCCACUGAGUGUUCGAAUUAGUAAUGUGUGAAAGGGAGUGAAGAAGAGGUUCUGAAAGUUGAUGUGAAACCGAGAUCAGGCAAAGAUAGGAACAAAGAAGAAGCGACCACAUUCUCAUGAAAAGCCUAAACUGCCAAUGCAUGAGUUAUUCUAAAGUACGUGGCAGGAAACUCAACACCUGGGUGUUAAGACUGCGCAUGAAAACCAGACACACACACUUUAACCACAAGGCUGUAUACCAGAACAAACAAAGAAGACGUUUACAGCCUUUCAGAGUUAGAAUAUCAAGUUACAAACCUGACUUAUACAAAUCGACAGCAUGCUAAAAGAUUUUGGAAAGGAUUUUCUAAAGUCGUCACAGAGUAGUCUUAUCAUUUUCAUAUUAUUUCUGUCAACGAGUUCGUGUCUACACCAUAUUUUUUAAGAGAAAAUUGAAAGAGAUGAGCCCCGAACUUCAAAGCAAGUUCAAUAUACUCUGAGCAUCUUUCCAUUGUCUACACUCACUUACCCUAGUCAAGUGGUCACAUGAAGCUGGUUAUCAAUUUGCUAAAUUAACCCAGGGUUUCUCCUACAUGUCCAUUUGAAAGGCAACAAUAAUACAGGCUGAAUGUAACGCAGCUGCUGCAGAGAAAUCAGCAGUGUCAGUGUGUGUGUGUGUGUGUGUGUGUGUGUGUUGGGGGUGGGGGUGGGAGGGUGCUGAACAGUGGUUUAGUAUUAAAAUGCAUGUAUGUAUGUAUGAAUGCAUGUGAGUGCUUUGGUCAGUAAGACUGGAAAAGAGAUGAAGAGAUGAUAUAUUAAUAAAUUUUAGCCUAUUUGAAUCCAGGAAAGAAAGCCAGCAGAAAAGGCCAACUGUGUAAAUUAAAAGACUUAUCAAUAUGAAAGCUCUGUCAUUGAGACACGGGAGAAUCUGAUGCUCAUCAGGAAAAAAGAGACUUUAGACAGUAUUAAAAAAAAAACUUUAGAUCCUCCUACUCCUACUGAGCAGACGUCUGCAGAAUCUUCCAGGAAUGGUGACGCUAUUUUCUGGAGAACUGAUUGGUCAGCAAAUUAGGUUUGCAGCACCAGAAACUAAAAAGAAGUCACGCAUUACUCAUUACUUUUCUUAAAACUAAUGCAGUACAUUACUUAAUUGCCAAACCCAAUAUCACAGUAAAGCGUGCGAUAGACACGCUGGUCAAAGUGUCAAUUUCAUACUUUACCUCUCCAAAGCACUAAAUGGACCUGAAUGCAAAGGUUGCAUUACCAGCAGAGGGAGAUAAUAAUUUGCUGGCAAAGCUUUGUGAUAUCAGGUUGAAAGUUAUUCAUUAUACUGCUUAGAUUACUUUCUCGUUACUCCAUGAAAUGACCUGAAAAGCUGUUUCCCAUAAUUACCAUUUAACAAUAUAAACCUGAGGCUAUAGUCCCACACAUCAACACAAAUCAAUAUCCUAAUGAGGGCACACACACACACACACACACACACACAUACACAUACACACACGAUCAUUUAUUUAGUUUUUACGUAUGAAAACAAAGCAGAUGAAAGAUGAAAACCAGAGACUUCAGUGAUCGCCACAGUGAUUCUACUUUAGAAAAAUGAACAGGUAGAAACCGAGGCUGCAGUCUGACUGCUCAGCAGUUUGUUACCUGUUGAAGUUCAGGGUCUGGCUGCUGGGCUGAGGUCGGCUUCACUCAGCUUCAUCAUCAGUCUUGGCUAGCUUAGUGUUAGCAUGCUGCCCGUGCAGAUGGUUGUAAAGAGCUGAAGCUGUGUUAGUAACAUGUGUUAGUAAGCUAUAGACUGCUCCACCGUUUUCUUCCUCCAGCACACAAACUGAAAUCAGCUGACUGUAGCACAUGUGUGCAAGAAGAAGACAAAACUUUUAUUCCAUGUUUUUUUUCCUUUGGGUCCACCUCCCUUACUUUUGCAAUGAAAGCAACAACAUAAAUAUACAUACAACAAAUUUGAACUCUAAUGCAUUUACCUAAUUUAUUACAGUAAUGCAUUAAAUUACUGCGUUACUGAAAAAUCUAACAGCACUGGAUACAGCCCUGUAACAAAUGAACCACCUGCAUCGUACAGAAAACCCAAGAUUACGCUGGAUAAGACGAAAUCUUACUUUGUAGCACAGUCCUCAGGGCAGCAGAUAAAAAUCAAUCCGUAAUUAAAAAUCAUCAAAGUUAAGGAUUAUUUAAGAUUUUUUUAAACAUUUUGUCUAAGAAGAAAAAUGCUGAGGCAAUUCUGGCUUGAGAGUAGUUUUGCAGUGAAGCUGAAGGUUGGAUGUGUUGAUUCACAGUACUGUUUUUGCAUUUUUAUAAAAAAAACAAAACAAAACCUGCAACAGGUAACGAGAACUGGAAUUGUAGUAUUUUUAAUGAGGGAUUUUAAAGGGCAUGUACCAACAUUACUACGUGAAAAAUGAGCUCUUUCAUCCGGACGUCUCGUCGUGUUCGUUGGAGUACAUAUAUGUUUAGUAAUGUUACUAAAAGCACUUUAACUUAAGCAAAAAGUGGCAUUUUAUACAGACAGAGUAACUGAACUAACUCUAAUACUUAAUGCACUGUAUUAAUAUGAUUUGAACUGUGUGGAGUUUUUCAGUGCAAGUGGGUUUUUUACACCUUCAAACUGUUAUCGAGUGAGUGUGAUAAUACUUUCUGUAUGCGGAUGUUGAAUGCGGAUGUUAAAUGCGAACGGUUUCAAAUAUUCUGUACAGUUUGCUUUGUGUAGUCUCACAGAAGUCUUGAAUCGCUGUGCUUUUAAAAUAAUCUUUUAAUGCUGUUACGUCAUGAUAACAAGUUAGCCUGAGAUAACAAAGGUUGUUUUCUUGUGGUAACGACUAUUUUUUUAUGGCAAGAAAUAAAAGGUUGUUUACUCUUUGUUUAUUAGACAACAUGAGCUUCAAGCAAACUGCAGGAGGACAUUUUGUUUUGGCUGCCUUGAAUAUGCUUAUUAAAAUAUGGAGGAGUGUAAAUUGUUGAUAAUGUGGUAUUUAUUUCUGUAAAAUGUUUUUUUCUUCUUGGUUUUCUAUCAGGAAUCAUGACGCCACUUUUCAUGUAUUGUUAAUGCAUAACGGCGACUAAUAAUAAAAUAAAUUGAAUAAAGACACAUGAAUGGGUUUAUUCUGUCAAGCUUAGUUUUCCGUCUCAUCAAAACAGAAAGUAAAAUUGUGUGUUUUUAUCCUUGCACUCAGAUAAGCAGAGGUGUUAUUUUCACCCCUAUGGUGAAUCAUGUUUGCGGCUUUGUGGUGCAAUGGGAACAUCAGACAACAGCGGCUUGUGUUUUUCCACUCUUUUAUCAUUACUCAUAUUCCUGUUGGUGGAAAUUAUUCUUUAUAAGUGGUAAAUAAGCUUUACGAUCGGUUUACAAAUGUUGUAGUGAGUCUUUCUGAUACAGACAAGUGAAUAAAAGUGAGCAGCCGUGUAAAUUGUUGAUGGGAUAAUUUACAAGUUAUUCUAAAAUAACAGCAUUAAAAACUUCACCAUCACAGCCUUUCUUGGCUUCUGUAGACUCAUGUACAGUAUGUAUAAAUAUUUUAUCUAUAUCCGUUGUUCCUGUGUGUCUUUGACAUCUUGUGUAAAGCUUUGUGUUACUGUGCCACAUUAACAGAGUUAUGAUAAAAGUUUACGGGGACUCACUGACUUUGACACAAUACGUUCAAAUAUUUCAUUUAUAUUUUAAGGGACCCAGUUUUAUAAAGAAUACAUGCAAAAAGAUAGUUAUAGCAAAAAAAUUCUUUAUUUUGUAUUUGUCCCCCACAUUAAAUGACCAACAGAGUACAGAUAAAAUACUAAUAUGGAUUCCUUCACUGGUAAAGAACAGAAUAAGUAAAAACACUUCAGUACGAGUCUGAUUAAAGGCUUCCUGUAUAAACUGUAUAUGUAUAUGGUUCACUUGUAAUUCUGGAAGCUCAUUGGUCUAACUGCUAAUACACUUUCAAGUGUCUCUUUUAAUAAUAAAUGUUUUAUUUGCAACAUCCA